UACUAGGUAAGAACACCUUUUAAAUAACUGUCAAAUACCCAACACUCAUCCAAUUGAAACAUAAAUCCACUUCACGAAACAAAAAAAAUCUUGGCAAUCCUCCGCGGUACUUAAUUUAAAAUUUUUUGUAAUCAUGGCAAUGGAAACCAUUUUGGGAAUCAAGGGAAUAGACUUUGUGAUGCUCGCUUCGGAUACAAUGCAAGCAAAGUCUCUGAUCUUUAUGAAGGAUGAUCAAUCGAAAAUUCACCGUCUCUCUGAUUUCAACAUGAUGGCCACAGUUGGCGAUGGAGGCGAUACCAUACAGUUUACGGAUUACAUAUCCAAGAACCUGCAUUUGUACAAAAUCGCCCACGGAUACCAUCUCAGUGCCAAAGCUGCAGCGCACUUUACGCGCAAAAAUCUGGCGGAUUACAUACGCACAAACACCCGGUACCAUGUGGCGAUGCUUCUGGCAGGGUACGAUGCCGCCGAGGGCCCCGACCUCCACUACAUCGAUUCUUUGGGGGCGGCACAGUCCAUCAACCACGCCGGCCACGGAUGGGGCAGCAUGUUUUGUGGCAGCAUUCUGCAGCGGUUUUGGCACUCGAAGCUUACCCAAGCGGAAGCCUACUCUAUCUUGCGAAAGUGCGUGGUGGAGAUCCAGAAACGGCUAAUCAUUAACCAGCGGAACUUCGAUGUCUACGUGGUAGACAAGAAAGGAAUGCGCAAGAUGGAGGCCAUAAAUCCAGGAUCGCUUAGCCGCGAAGCCGUUAGCCUGAGUUGGUAGAAUAAAUUAUCAAGAGGCUUGUAA